CCCGCGCGCUUCCCCGCACUCCUGGCGACUCGAACGGCGCCGACGAGCAACGAGUGUCAAUCCGAGGUUCACCAUGGUGGAACGACGAGGGCCCGUGCACUCGAUGCCCCACAUCCCGGACGACUUGACGCUCGCGCAGUUCAUGCUUGAUGUCCAUCACCCGUCUAGACCGCUGAGGCCUGACGGCGUGCCGUGGCUAAUUGAGGACACCACGGGGAGAAGAGUCGGGUCUGAGGAGAUCCGGGCGAGGGUGUUCGGGCUGGCCAAUGGCUUGCACUCCGAAUUCAACAUCAAAGAGGAUGACGUCGUCUGCCUGUACAGCCCGAACCAUGUUGACUAUCCCGUGGCCAUAUGGGCGACUCACCGUCUGGGUGCCGUCAUCUCGGGUGCCAAUCCCUCUUACACUGCGGACGAGCUCGCAUACCAGGUUGAGCUGGUGAAAGCCAAGCUGCUCAUCGUACAUCCUGACUCCCUCUCAACCGCGAUCACUGCUGCAAGCUCUGCUGGGAUCCCAGUUGACCGCAUAGUGCUCUUCGAUGAUGCUUCUCAGGGCCGGCACCGUACGGUGCAACACCUCAUCGACGUUGGCCUUACGAAGACUCCGAGUUUCGUCGAACGACGGCUCGCCCCAGGGGAAGCGAAGAAGAAGCUGGCUUUCCUCAGCUUCUCUAGCGGCACGACCGGUAAACCCAAGGCAGUCGCUAUACCACAUUAUGCGCCUAUAGCGAAUGUGAUUCAGAUGGCGGUACACCACAAGGUCAACGUAGAGUAUGCUCCAUGGGAGAAGCGACGAUUUAGACCAGGCGAUGUCGCUAUUCUAGUAUUGCCUAUGUACCACAUCUAUGGUCUUGUUGUAAACCUUCAUUUCAUGUUAUACAGUGCUGUCACCACGGUUGUCAUCCCGCGAUUCAAUUUUGAGAACAUGCUUAAGAGCAUAGUCAAGUACCGUAUUGUCCAUUUAUUCCUGGUACCCCCACAAAUCGUAUUAUUGUGCAAGCACCCCGCGACAAAGAAUUAUGAUCUGAGCCACGUCCGCUUCUGUAUGGCUGGGGCUGCGCCCGUGUCAAAGGAGCUUACGGAGGACCUCGUUAAGAUUUUGCCCAACGCCGACGUAGGACAAGGAUACGGAAUGACCGAAACUUGUACCGUGGUCGCCAUGAUCCCUACCGACCAGAAGAUCGGCGUCCUGGGUAGUGCUGGGCAGUUAAUGCCUGGGAUCGUCGUCCGAGUUGUGAAGGAAGAUGGCUCCUUGGCAAAGGCCGGGGAGCUUGGCGAGUUGGUCGUCAAGUCUCCUGCCAACGCGUUAUGCUACUUGAAUAAUCCCGAGGCGACGGCAGAGACUUUCAUUGACGGAUGGGUUCGCACUGGCGAUGAAGUGCUGGUGGACGAACAAGCGGAGCUUUUUGUCGUGGAUCGACUGAAGGAAAUCAUGAAAGUUCGGGGCUACCAAGUGGCACCUGCUGAACUCGAGGGACACCUCCUGGCCCAUCCUGACGUAGCUGAUUGCUGCGUGGUUGGUGUCCCUGACGAGUACAGCGGCGAGGUUCCCCUGGCUUUCGUGGUGCCACAUGUGAAGGCUCUGGAUAGAAUAAAGAACGAUCCCACCGAAGCAGAGAAGGUGAAAGCAUCCAUCAUAAAGCAUGUUGCAGAUCAUAAGGUGAACUACAAGCACCUCGCAGGUGGGGUCGAGUUUGUGGACAUCAUACCGAAGAAUCCCAGCGGCAAGCUGCUUAGACGGGUCCUCAGAGAUAAAGCGAAAGCGUUGAGGAGCAAAUCGCCUGUCACCAUCAAGUCCAAGUUAUAAUAUGGCGCUUCGCUAAACCAUUCGUGGCGGUUCGAGUAGCGCUGACAUGGUGAGAGAAGGUGGCGCGUUGUCCAAAGAGGAAGAUACAAUGCUGCUGUCCUAUCCUUAUGUAUAUUAGAAGAUCACUGCCAGCGGAAGAUAUUGAGUCACCUUUAGAUGUAUAUGCGUACGGGCUAAAUACAGAG